GCCAAGCCCGCUGUUUUCCCGCGAAACUGAGCUACUUCUUUUUUUUUUUUUUUUAAGUCCGCGGGUUAAAGCGUUCUCUCUCCCUCCACUCAAAAGAGGUGAAAACCGCGGAAAAAACGCGAUUAUUAGGCUAGUUUUGAGUAGCAAUUGUGCUGGGUUUGUUUCGCAGACCUGGCAACCCUGACUCUGAACCACUUCCGGCGCUGGACGUUCACGCGAGAUGUCAGACGGUUUCCUGAUGGAGGUGUGUGUGGACUCGGUUGAGUCGGCCAUAAACGCAGAGAGGGGAGGUGCUGCUCGUGUUGAGUUGUGCUGUAACCUGCUGGAGGGAGGCCUGACGCCCAGCACAGGUCUGUUGCAGGUGGUCAAAGAGAACGUGCAGAUCCCGGUGUAUGCCAUGAUCCGGCCCCGCGGCGGGGACUUCCUGUACUCAGACUGGGAGGCGGAGGUGAUGAAGAGGGACAUUGAGCAGAUGAAGAUUCACAGAGCAGACGGGCUGGUGUUGGGAGCGCUGACAGAAGACGGCCGAGUAGAUACUGAGCUCUGCAUGGAACUACUGGCGGCUAGUCGACCUUUACCAGUUACAUUUCACAGAGCGUUCGAUAUGGUCCACGAUCCGGCGGUUGCGUUAGAAGCUCUGAUCUCGCUGGGCUUUGAGAGGAUUUUGACCAGUGGUUGUGACAGCUCUGCACUGGAAGGUUUGCCUGUGCUUAAACGGCUGGUGGAACAGGCAAAAGGCCGAAUAGUAAUAAUGCCAGGAGGUGGAAUCACCGACAGGAACCUUCAGAGGAUUCUAGAAGCUUCUGGAUCUCAGGAGUUCCACUGCUCUGCUCGCUCCAGCAAGGACUCCACCAUGAAGUUUAGGAAUUCUAAUGUGAGUAUGGGAGGCUCUCUGUCCGUGCCAGAAUAUGCUGUAAAAGUGGCUGAUGUGACUAAAGUACGUACACUGAAUGCCAUUGCGAAGAACAUACUCUAGGAUACGUGGAGCUUCAUUUAUAUCAACAGAAAUCAAUGAGACCUGUACAGUAGUACAAGAGGGACAAUCUUGUAAUUCCUAAAUUUGUAGUAUAUUUAUGUGAAUCUAUUCUAUAACAGUGUACAGUGAAGUUUUAACAAAAUUAAAAACUUGAAAUAUGUCAAGUUUAACAGCUCUUGAUCAGUGGCAUAUGUUCAUACCACUUUCUUUUGUCAUCUAUUCUCAUUCUCUGUUUAAUUAAAUAAAAACAAAAAUAAUAAUAAAACAAAACAAUUCCAGCUGA